AUGCCGACAACGAGAAGAACUUCGAUGAAGAAGGCAACAGCGAAAUCAACCCCCGUUAAACACACUCUUGUUUACAAAACUCUAUUACGACGACGAAGCAACAUUCUCGGUUCGGCGGAGCUCAUUCAACAGUUUUAUACAAAUUUUCUACCGGAGCAGAUGAAUCAAGUGGCGGUACGAAUUGCUCGUCUGGAUGAUCUCUGGGAAAAGUUUGAAGGUGUCCAGGAAGAAAUCGAGGUGCUGGAGAAUGAGACUGAAGUCUUUUCGGAUCAACGAAUGCAGUUCCAAAACAUGUACUACGAGCUAAAGGCCGCGCUGAUAGCGCUGCUUCCGCAGCAGAGAGUUGAUCAAUCUAAUGCUUCCACAGUGGCUAAUCCUCCUUCUUCAAACCCGAUAUUGUCGGUAAAACUUCCUGAGUUGCGAAUUCCCGAGUUUCGCGGGAAUCCGGAGGAAUGGAUUGAAUUUAGAGAUCUCUUCAAAUCCGUAAUUCACACGAAUGUGAAUCUGUCUGGUGUGCAGAAAAUGCACUAUUUACGCAGCUCACUCAAAGAUGAAGCAGCCCGUCUGAUUGCUUCUUUUGCAAUAACGUCCGACAACUAUGUUCUCGCUUGGAAAACCAUUACUGAUCGGUACGAAAAUGUUAACUUUCUCGUAAAACAGCACAUGUCGGCCAUUUUGAAAAUUCCUUUCGUUCGCAAAGACUCUGCUGCUAGCCUUGCGGAACUCGCAGAUGAGUUCAAUCGUCAUGUCGGUAUUUUGGACAAACUGGAAGAACCUGAGAGUCACUGGAAUUCCUUCCUGGUUGAACGGUUAAGCAGCCUUCUGGAUGAUAAAUCUCUCUUGGAAUGGGAGAACAGUUGUAAAGAUGAAGAGGUACCACAGUAUAGUGCGCUGCUAGAGUUCAUUCAUAAAAGAUCUCGCACACUGCAAAAAUGUAAGGUUGCUGGUAGUGUAUCCACCGGCAGUGCCACAAAAUUUAAGGGGAAACCAUUCUCAUCUCAUGUAGCUACUGAACAUGUGCCAAAAUGUCCAGGGUGCAAACAGUCUCACAUAUUAACCCAGUGCGAAGCCUUUAUGCGACAAACGCCCAAUAAGCGCCUUGAAUUUGUGAAAACUCAUCGGUUGUGUAUAAACUGCUUGCGCGGAGGGCAUUUAGCCAAGGACUGCAAUAGUGGUCUAUGCCGGACAUGCGCCAAAAAACACCACACUUUACUGCACUUGCCAGCGCUAGUAAAGUCUUCACAAGGAGAGCCGAAUGUUGUUCCAGUCACCACCCAAACGGCUACUGCUAUUUGUUCCAGCGUCGAGCACAAUACUGCGACCUCGGAGAAGGUGGUGCAAUCUCGUACGGCACAUCGUCAAACCGCGUCGGUAUCGCCGGGUACAAUCGUGUCGUCCGUCGGUUCGGAAAUGGCCCCCUUCUCGUCGUCGAAUGAUCAUUUCGUUAGUGAUGAAUUAGAACCUCCUGCCACCUGCUCCCCAUUAGAAACUACAUCGCUGACACAAUCCAAUAAACGUAAUGAAAAUGUCGUCUUUUUAUCAACCGCUGUUAUUCGCAUUCAAGACUAUCAAGGCAAAUAUCAGCUUGCUCGAGCCUUACUGGAUAGUGGGUCACAAUCCAAUUUUAUUUCGGAGUCACUGUGCCAACGACUCGGCUUGAAGCGCUCUCGUAUAAACCUUCCGAUCAGUGGUAUUGGACAGGCCGCUGUCACCGUACAUUAUCAAGUUGAAAGUAAACUUGCUUCUCGUUUUGGAUCGUUUGAUCAUCCUUUGAGCUGCUUAGUUUUACCUAAGUUAACAGUUUGUUUACCUAGUCGACAUGUGGACGUAUCUCGCUGGAAAAUUCCACCCAAUUUACCGUUAGCAGAUCCAAAAUUCAAUAUCAGUCAUGGAGUAGAUCUGAUUAUUGGAGCGGAACUGUUCUACAUGUUGCUUGAGCCACAUCAAUUUGUUCUUGCUAAUGAUUACCCUUUAUUACAGAAGACUCUUCUGGGCUACGUCAUAUCUGGAAAACUAAAAGCACCAAAAACAGAGGAGGUGGUGUGUCAUGUUGCAACUGACCACGAUCUGAACAUCCAACUAGAACGAUUGUGGCAAAUCGAAAAUUUUGAUGUUGGCAAAACUCUCACGCAAGCGGAGCAAGAUGUCGAAGCUCACUUUUGCAACACGGUAUCCAGAGAGAAGGAUGGACGAUACAUUGUUCGCCUGCCGCUACGUGAAGAUAUGGUUUCACUAUUGGAGGACUCGUAUACUGCAGCAUUACGUCGGUUUUUUGCAUUGGAGAGACGAUUCGCAGCAGAUGACAGGCUACGAGAGAAUUAUACGCGGUUCAUGGAUGAUUACGAGCAGUUGGGGCAUAUGGAGGAGUGUUCACGCGUCGCGGGUCCUCAGUUUUUUCUACCACACCACGCUAUCCACCGACCUGAAAGCAGUACGACGAAACUCCGCGUCGUAUUCGAUGGUAGCAGUAAAGGAUCUAGCAAACUAUCCUUGAACGAUGUCCUUCACACUGGUCCCACGGUACAGCCACCUUUGCUAGCUACAGUGAUCAAUUUUCGAUUGCCUCGUUUUGUAUUCACGGCUGACGCGGAAAAAAUGUUUCGCCAGGUGUGGGUGCAUCCGGAAGAUCGUAAAUUUCAACAAAUUAUUUGGCGACAGAAUCCAACGGAACCAUUGAAGUGCUUUCAAUUGAAAACAGUCACAUAUGGACUGGCGAGCUCACCCUAUCAUGCUGCCAGAGUAUUAAAUAAGCUAGCUGAGGACGAAGGCGCUCGUUUUCCUCGGGCGGCCCAGAUCGUUACUAACCGAAUGUACGUGGAUGAUGUUUUAGCUGGUGGUGAUGAGUUGGAAGAAGUAGCUGAGGUUUGUUCCGAAUUGAGUAGUUUACUGGCACGGGGUGGACUUUCGUUACGAAAAUGGUGUGCAAAUGAUUUGCGCAUCUUAAAGCAAGUACCCCAGGAGCUGUGGGAGGCAACUACCGAACUAGAAAUUGGUCACAUGGAAGGAAUGAAAACUCUUGGCCUUUUGUGGCAUCCACAGACGGAUCGACUGGCUUUCAAGAUACCGUCGUUGCCAGCGAUAAAUAUCGUGACCAAACGUAUCGUUGUGUCGGAAAUGUCUUCGUUAUUCGAUCCCCUUGGAUUAGUUGGACCCGUAGUGGUAAGCGCUAAAAUAUUUGUGCAGCGGCUCUGGAUCAAAAAUCUUGGAUGGGAUGAAAACGUUACAGAAGAGGAUAGAAUUUGGUGGCUAGGAUUUCGCAACGAACUGUCGCAACUUCAACAGUUGACGGUUUCUCGACGCAUCCUUGCUAAUACUAACCGGGACUAUACGCUGCACUGUUUCUGCGAUGCAUCUACGAAGGGCUACGGUUGCUGCAUUUACGUAACAGGACCAGAUUUGGAGGGACAGCUGAAGUCACAGUUACUCAUAUCCAAAAGUCGAGUCGCACCAGUACGGCCUAUGACAGUUCCCCGCUUAGAGCUUUGUGCGGCGUUAUUAGGAAGUCAGCUGAUGGAGACAGUCCGUACUACUACUGAGUUUACUGGUCCUGCCAUGUUCUGGACGGAUUCAACGAUUGUGCUUCAUUGGAUUCGAUCUCCCCCAACAAUUUGGAAAACGGACGAAUGGGAGAACUAUUGUCUGACAACCGGAAUUACAUUUCGCUUUAUUCCGGCCCGAUCGCCUCACUUUGGGGGACUCUGGGAGGCUGGAGUAAAGUCCUUCAAAUUUCAUUUUCGACGAAUAUUUUGUGGACGUUCGUUUACUUCAGACGAGCUGAUGACGGCAGCGGCGCAUAUCGAGAGCAUACUCAACUCACGGCCUCUCACGCCGUUGACGGAUCAUUCUGACGAUUUGGCCGUGUUGACCCCGGGACACUUCCUGAUCGGUGAACCGAUGUUUUCGAUUCCCGAGCCCGAUUGCACUGAGCUGAAAAUAACUCGUCUCUCUCGUUUUCAGGAAAUGUGUAGAUCAUUGCAACAUUUUUGGAAAUGUUGGUCCAGGGAUUACAUAUCUCAACUCCACCAACGUGCGAAAUGGAAGAAACCUUGUAACAAUGUACAACUGGGUGCACUUGUGUUGCUGAAACAGGACAACCUCCCACCGUAUUUGUGGAACAUUGGUCGCAUAGUUAAAACUUACACCGGAGACUCUGGGCUCGUACGUGUUGUUUUGGUGCGAACUGCUCGAGGACUUUACAAACGGGCCGUUACUGAGGUCCGUAUACUUCCAAUAGAUACUGUGGACCAUUCCCAUGACGGGAUAACAGCAGAUCAUCAGAAUCUCCAGUCAGAAGUUGCAUCAACGGAGGCAAAUGAUGACUUGAUCACCGGUGCCGAACGACAAUGA